AUAUAUAUUCUCUCUUCCUUUUGCGGCAACCCUGCGAUUAAACGUUCGUUGGAGACUUGGAGUUCGCUCAGCCCCAGCCAUGGCAGAGAAGGUAUCCACGUUGAUCAUUGAAGCCAACCUCGAAUGCGAGAAAUGCUACAAGAAGAUUCAGAAAGUGCUAGGCAAACUCCAAGAGAAGGAGAAGAUCAGGACCAUCAUUUUCGACACGAAGAAGAACACGGUGACUAUCUCUGGCCCAUUCGACACGGCGAAGCUGUCCAAGAAGCUGCGAUGCAAGGCCUGCAAGGCGAUCAAGGAUAUCAAGAUCGUUGAAGAGAAGAAGCCCGAUGCCAAGAAGCCGGAGGAGAAGAAGCCAGAGGAGAAGAAGCCCGAGGAGAAGAAGCCGGCCGCCGAUGGCUGCAAGUGUUGCUGCAAGAAACCGGAUGAGAAGAAGCCGGAUGAGAAGAAGCCGGAUGAGAAGAAGAAGCCCGACGAGAAGAAGCCGGAGGAAAAGAAGAAACCCGACGAGAAGAAGCCAGACGAUAAGAAGCCGGAGGAGAAGCCCAAGUCCAAGGAGGAGACCAAACCGGCCGCGCCGUCGACGACUGUGAACCUGCAGUUCACGCAGAUCUGUAACCUCUGCUACCCGUGGCCGUGCAGCGACCCGAGCCACUGGGGAGGCGUGCACCAGUACCCGCAGCCCCAGCAGCCGCAGUGGCCGUGCGAGCCGCCGCAGAUGCCGGCGUACCCCGCCCCCCACCACCCUCAGCACCCGAUUCCUCAGCACCCGCCCUCGGCGGCGCCGGCGAUCCCGAAGAGGCAGCCGUGCGGAGGCUCGGCGUACUGCGGAGGAGGGUGCGGCUCGUGUGGCGGCGGAGGCGGCAGCGCGUACGGGGCGUGGCCGCCGGCGAUGCCGACGCCGCUGCAGAUGAUGCAGCCCCCGCCGAUGGGCUGCGGCGGGCCGGCGUCGUCGUGCAGAGGGUGCAAGGGCUGCCGGAUCGUGCAGGAGGGGAGGUUCAUCUACGAGGAGUACCCGCCCAGUGCGUGCACCGUCAUGUGAUUCUCAGGCCAGCGACCGUUCGUGCAUGCAUGCAUGCGCUGUUCGACCUCUCUGCACGUUGUUUUUCGUGGUUUAGAUGUUCCAUAUUUGCCCUGUAUGUUUCGUGCACAGUACUGUAUUUGUUUAUGUCUAUCCGCAGCAAAGAAGGUGUAGCUGCCACGUACAUUCUCAGUGUGAAAAUAUAUGUUCUCCGAACAAUUGAUGUAGCUUUGUAUAGAUAAUUUCAAUUUUUGGGGCACUAAAAGUUCGAAAAUGCUAGUAUUUGUCAAUUUUUUAAAUAGCCGGCUAUAGCCCACGCUAUAGCAGUUUGAGGCUUUGAGCAGGGUGCCGCUAAAUAAUAGCCUAUAAGUUUCUGUACAAUUGUCAGAAAAAGUUAUGAAAUAGCCGGUUAUACUCUCGUUAUAGUUGA